CGUCGUGGUGGACGUGGGGUCGAUGUCAGGGAGCGUGCGCAACGUGACGCUGGCGAACUGCCUGUUUGUGCGCGGAGCGAGCCUGUACGUUGUUGGGUGGCGGUCCGACCUGUCUGCUGGCGAGCGCGUCGAUGUGUUGAUCAGCGGGCUUGAGUCGCGCUCCGGCGGCGGCGUGGUGGUAGCGAACCGAUUUCCGCCGGGCUCGCGCGUCACUGUGGUGGACUCGGUGCUGAUUGCAGAGAAGCGUGUUGCGUACCGCGGAGACCACGGCCUUGGCGACGCGUCCGCGUGCCUUGUGGUGCAGAACGUGAAUCUGACUGGGAGCGUGCUGACCAUUGCGCGCACGCAGGUGGCGGCUGUGUUCCGCGACGCUGUUGGCGUGUUGUUUGUUGGCGGCGUGGCGCUGUCGUCGCGCGGUGCGCUGUACGUGGACGGGCUGUCGGUGCAGACGGCGCUGGGGCUGUGCGUGUCGGUGGAGGGCGGUGUUGCUGCCAGCGGCGGCUCCGUGGUGGCGUUUGUUGACAGCGACUUCCUGCUGUGCGAGCACGCGGUGUCUGUGCGUGGGGCUGUGAGCGUGUCGGGCUCCGCUGUAGCGCCUGUGCGGAGCGACUUUUCGUCGACGGAGGAAUACGCGGUGGCGUUUUAUUCGACGGUGAGCCUGGAUGGCGGGUCGAUGCUGCUGGCGAAGGGCAACGUGCACGACGGCGUCUCGAGGGAGAUGCUUUACGCCGCUGGCGCUGUGACCGCUGCUGGGAGCACGCUGAGCUUUGUGCGCAACCGAGCGCUGCUGCCGCGGAUGCUGUCGCUGAGCCUGUCGCUUGCGGCUGGGGCGCAUUUGAGGGUUGCGUGCAACGACGCUGGUGGCCGUGUCCUGUCGACGGCGGAGGAGUACGCAGCGGCUGGUUUUGGCGACGCUGGGAGCAUCGACGUUGUUGGGUGCGACGCGUGCGACAGGGACACGCACUGCUACGCGCCCGGGACGGCGGCGGCGAGCAUGAGGAACGGUGUGUGCGUUUGCCUGUGCGGCAGUGGCGGGUACGGCGAGGCGUGCGUGCCUGUGGGAGCUCCUGCGCUGCCGCCUGCUGUGGGAACUGCGUCGAGUGCGUUUGUCCGCGAGGGCGUGACGGUGCGGUCGGUGUUCGUUCUGCCUGCCGGCGCGAGCGAGGUGACGCUGCGC